ACUUAUUUAAUUAAAUUCUUCGUGAUCUUGCGCGUUUUAAUUAUUUUACGUUUAAAUUUAUACUUUAAAUCUACAAUUUGCAUGCCUUCCAAAUAGCUUGAUUUUGUAGUAUUUCAUACCUUAAAUUAAUCUCCUUAUAAGAACUCUUUGCUUUUAAUAAGAACUUAUUGCGCAUUAAAGAAAUUAUUGAUUAUUAAGUUCAUUUAAAUGAUUCAAAUUGUUAUCUUAUUUCUAUGUUUUUUCUACAAAAUUCACUGCCAAAGUACAAUAUGGAAUGUAAGAGGAAAAACUAUGUAUCAACCACAAAGGCUGCAUAGCUCAGAAUAUCCAAGAAGCCAUAUUUACCCUAGAGGUAGUGAUGAGCUUGCAGAAAAUUCAUAUUAUUAUCAGCCUGUAUAUGGGCCUCAGCGUCAGAAUGAUGCUUGCAGUAUGAAAGCAUCGAUAUUGGAUGAGCGAGCGAUCGAUGCAACACGAGAAUCCAUAAGACAGUGUACACAAGACCACGAUUCUUGCUAUUAUGCGAAACACAGUAAAUAUCGCGCCAUCGAUGGCAGCUGUAACAAUAUCAAAAAUCCCGAAUGGGGAAAAUCAGAAGGAUGUUUACAAAGAAUUUUACCAUUUGAUUAUGCCGAUAGAAUUUCAAAGCCUAGGGUAUCUUGUACUGGAAAUCCACUGCCAAAUCCUCGAUUAGUAUCAAAUGUCUUUCAUCAACAAAAACACUCCAAAAAGGAUGAUCUUACCACAGCCUUCAUGGAGUGGGGACAGAUGUUGGCACAUGAUUUAUCUUUGAAUGAUGUUUUCAAGACUCCAGAAUCAGGGUACAAUCUUCCAAUCCAAUGCUGCAAUCCAGGACCAGUCAUCAAUGACAGGUGUUUUUCAUUGCCAGUCCCACCAGGCGAUCCCUUUUACCCAAAAUAUGGAGUGACUUGCAUUAGUUUUGCUCGAACUGUACCUUGUCCUGUUUGCAGAGCCGGCCAACGAGUACACUGGAAUCAAAACACCGGAUACCAUGAUCUUUCCUUAGUAUACGGAAGUACUCCUGAUGAAGCUCAAAAACUUCGAAGUGGCGAUAGAGGAAUGUUGGAUGUAGAUUAUACCCCUAAAGCGGGUCCAAUACUCCCAUCUGUGCCAAUAGAAGACCUAUGUGUGUCACCUCCAGGUCAAAGUGCAUGUUUCAAAGCAGGUGAUACUCGAGUCAAUCAGAAUCCAUUUCUUAUUGUUGUUCAUACUUAUCUGAUGAGGCAUCACAACUUCAUAUGCCAAGAAUUGAGUGAAGUAAAUCCACACUGGGACGACGAGAAACUUUAUCAAGAAGGAAGGCGUCUCAACAUCGCUAUAGCUCAAUUCAUAACAUACUCAGCUUAUCUUCCAAAUGUACUGGGUGAAAUUAUGCAAAAGGAAGGUAUCAAUGUUUUACCUGGUGCCAAAUAUACUAAAUACGAUCCAGAACUCGAACCUACUAUUGCUGAUGAAUAUGCCACGGCUGCCGCUCGAUAUGGCCAUACUUUAAUACCUUCUCGCUUGUCUCAAAUUGACCCUAAGACUAACGAAGAACAUGGUGCUUGGCUGAGAGACUUAUACUACAAUCCCUUUGGGUUCCGAUACGGAAUGUAUGAUGAAACAGCAAAGGGAAUGACUGUUGAUAGAAAAGAAAAGCAUGAUGUUUUCCUAGUUGAUGACGUUAGAAACUAUUUGUACCGCCGUACUUAUUUGAAUGAAACUACAGGUCGAGAUUUGGCUGCCGUUAGUAUCUUAAGAGGUAGAGACCAUGGUAUACCAGGAUACACAUACUAUUUAUCUUAUUUUUUCAAUAUCACUAUUCGAAGUUUUGAAGACUUGGAAAAGGUUUUGCCUGCAAAAUCUGUGGAAUUGUUAGAAGGACUUUAUGAAUCUCCUCAUGAUAUUGAUCUUUAUUCUGCUGGAUUAGCUGAGUAUUACGUGCCAGGAGGUUUUGUUGGCCCAACAUUCGGUGCCAUUCUAGGACAACAAUAUAAACGUAUCAAAUUUGGUGACCGAUAUUGGUUUGAACAUGGAAAUGAAGCUGGAUCUUUUACGCAAGAGCAACUUUUGGAAAUAAAGCGAUCUUCAAUUGCAAGAAUAUUUUGUGAAACAACUAGGAUACGAAAAAUUCAAAAGAAAGCAUUCAGACCGCCAUCAGCAAAAAAUCCUGUUGUUUCUUGCGAGGAGAUUCAUAGGUUUAACUUUGAGUUAUGGAGAGAAUAAGUUGCCAAAGUUCUUAAGGUCCAAAUAACUACCACAAGGAUCAUUUGGAAAUUGUUGUGGAUUUGUCUAUAAAUAUGUUUUUUUGCACAGUUUACUGAACUUGUAAAAUUUAUUGUUUGAUAUUUUUUUAUUUAAUAAAGAGUUUCAUAAAGUCAAGUUUUCUUUGUUUGGGUUGAUUUAUCAAUAAAGGUAAUUUUCAAAGAUU